AUGAUCGCUGCGGCGUUUUUGGUCCUGCUAAGGCCGUACAGUAUUCAAUGUGUGCUGCUAUUAUUGCUGCUUUUGCUCGGGACUAUUGCGACUAUUUUGUUUUUUUGCUGCUGGCAUCGCAGGCUUCGUAAUGGAAAACAUCCAAUAAAAUCUGUGCUGUCCGGACGCUCCAAGAGCCGCGUUGGCCUCCGAACGCACCAUUUUCGAUCAGAGGGCUUCAGGCACAGUCCACGUCACGCAAGAAGGAGCAUACAUGCUCGAGUGACAGAGGAAAAACCCAAUCUGGUCGAGGUUCCUGAGAGUGAACCUGACUCAUCAAACACUCUACGAAAACGCAAAGUGAAGAAGAGAGUCCUGCCAGAAUUUUACCAGUCUGUACAAGUCACCCCCACACGCAAACCUAGCUCCAGUUCGGGGAACCCUUCCCUCCACUGCUCCAUGUCUUCCUCGGCGGAUUUCUCAGACGAGGAUGAUUACAGCGUUAAAUCCGGGUCGGCAUCGCCGGCUCCGGGGGACACUUUACCCUGGAACCUGCCCAGACACGAGCGGUCCAAGAGGAAAAUCCAAGGAGGAUCCGUGCUGGAUCCGGCGGAGAGAGCCGUGCUCAGGAUCGCAGAUGAAAGAGACAGAGUGCAGAAGAAGACGUUUACAAAAUGGAUAAACCAGCAUCUGCUGAAGGUACGGAAGCAUAUAAAUGACCUGUACGAAGACUUACGAGAUGGACAUAACCUGAUCUCGCUGCUGGAGGUUUUGUCUGGAGACACAUUGCCUCGGGAGAGAGGGAGGAUGCGCUUCCACAGACUCCAGAAUGUACAAAUAGCACUGGAUUAUUUGAAGAGGCGGCAGGUCAAACUUGUAAAUAUCAGGAAUGACGACAUCACAGACGGUAACCCAAAACUGACCCUGGGACUGAUCUGGACCAUAAUUCUGCACUUUCAGAUCUCGGAGAUCCAUGUGACAGGGGAGUCCGAGGACAUGACAGCCAAGGAGAGGCUGCUGCUCUGGUCCAAGCAGAUAACAGAUGGCUAUGUAGGCGUCCGAUGUGAAAACUUCACAACCUCCUGGAGGGAUGGGAGGCUAUUCAACGCCAUCAUUCAUAAAUACAGGCCAGACCUUGUUGACAUGAGCCGCGUGUCCACACAGACCAACAGAUCAAAUUUAGAGCACGCGUUUGGUGUAGCCGAGCAGCUGGGGGUGGCCAGGCUGCUGGACCCUGAGGACGUAGAUGUUCAGUCACCGGAUGAAAAAUCAGUCAUCACAUACGUCUCAACGCUGUACGACGCCUUCCCCAAAGUACCUGACGGUGUUGAGGGAAUCAAUCCUAAUGAUGUGGAUAUCAAAUGGGUGGAGUACCAGAACAUGAUCAAAUACCUCAGCCAGUGGAUCAAACACAAUGUGGCCAUAAUGUCAGAUAGAUCAUUCCCCAACAGCCCUGUGGAACUCAAGGCACUUUAUACACAGUAUCUGCAGUUUAAAGAACACGAAAUCCCACUGAAAGAGAACGAAAAGACAAAAAUCAAAAAUCUCUACAAAAUGCUCGAGAUGUGGAUCGAGUUUGGACGUAUUCAGUUGCCCCCGGGUCAUCACCCCAACGAUGUGGAGAAGGAAUGGGGAAAAUUAAUUGUUGCCAUGCUGGAAAGAGAGAAGAGCCUGAGGCCCGAGGUGGAGAGACUUGAGAUGUUACAGCAGAUUGCCAACAGGGUCCAGCGGGACUGUGUUAACGGGGAGGAUAAGCUGGCGUUGGCGCGGACAGCCCUGCAGUCUGAUGCAAAACGUCUUGAGUCAGGAAUUCAGUUCCUACAUGAAGCUGAGAUUGCUGGCUACUUGUUGGAGUGCGAGAAUAUCCUCAGACAACAAGUGGUGGACAUCCAAAUUCUCCUGGAUGGGAAAUUCCCCUUUGCGGAUCAACUAGUCCAGAGGGUAUCUAAACUCCGGGAUGACCUUCUAACCCUGAGAGCUGAGUGUUCUUCUGUGUACAGCAAAGGCCGAACCCUGACAACAGAACAAACCAAAAUGAUGAUCUCAGGCAUCACACAGAGCCUGAACUCUGGCUUCUCCCAGAACAUCAGCACAAACCUGACACCAGCCCUCACUCCUGCACUCACCCCAGGGGGGUUAGGUACCCCUGGGUCCACAUUCACCUCUAGCCUUACACCGUGCCUGACCCCGUCCUUGACCCCCGCCUUGACCCCCGGCUUGCAGCCUGCUUCAGUCCAGAGCUACAUGGGGAGCGGUGGCGGCAUGGACCCAGGCAGCCUCAGGCAUUUGAAACACAUGCAGAUCCGCAAGCCCUUACAGAAAUCCUCACUGGCAGACCCCAACAUGACCGAGGAGGAGGUCAACAUGAAAUAUGUUCAGGACCUGCUGAACUGGGUGGAAGAGAUGCAGGUGCAGCUGGACCGUUCAGAGUGGGGAUCUGAUUUGCCAAGUGUGGAGCUGCAUUUAGAGAACCACAAAAGUGUACAUAGAGCCAUUGAAGAAUUUCAAAUGAGUCUUAAAGAUGCCAAACUGAGUGAAAUUCAGAUGACCAUUCCCCUGAAGCUAACUUAUUCAGACAAACUGAACACACUAGAAAAGCAGUACGAGAGGCUGUUGAGCUGUUCAAGAGAGCGACAGAGCCACCUGGAAAGCCUGCACGACUUUGUGUCUCAGGCAACUCAGGAGCUCAUCUGGCUGAACGAGAAGGAGGAGGAGGAGGUCGCCUUUGACUGGAGCGAUCGCAACAGCAACAUCUCCAAGAAAAGAGACUACCAUGCCGACCUGAUGAGGGAGCUGGAUGAAAAGGAGGACACGAUCAAGUCUGUGCAGGACAAGGCAGAACGCCUUAUGCACAAGAACCACCCAGCCAAGCUAACUAUUGAAGCGUACAGAGCCGCCAUGCAGACGCAGUGGAGCUGGAUUUUACAGCUCUGCUCGUGCGUGGAACAGCAUCUCAAGGAGAAUGCUGUUUAUUUUGAGUUUUUCAGUGAUGCCAAAGAGUCCAUAGACUACCUUAAGAGCCUGCAAGAUGCCAUUCAAAGGAAAUACAGCUGUGACCGAACGAGCAGCCUGCACAGACUGGAGGACCUCAUUCAGGAGUCCAUGGAUGAGAAAGAGCAGCUCCUUCAGUACCGCAGCACGGUGGCUGGUUUAGUGGGCAGGGCCAAAAACAUUGUGCAGCUCAGACCCAGGAACCCUGAGAGCCCUGUGAGAUCCUCCCUCCCUGUAAAAGCCAUCUGUGAUUAUCGUCAAAUAGAGAUCACUAUUUACAAAGAAGACGAGUGCGUAUUGGCCAAUAACUCUCACCGGGCCAAGUGGAAAAUCAUCAACCCAGCAGGGAACGAGGCCAUGGUGCCCUCUGUGUGUUUCACUGUGCCUCCACCCAACAAAGAGGCUGUUGAUAUGGCAACAAGAACUGAGCAGUUAUACCAGAAUGUCCUGGCGCUGUGGCACCACUCCCACAUCAACAUGAAGAGCGUGGUGUCCUGGCAUUAUCUAAUGGCUGACAUACGAGCCAUUCGCAACUGGAACGUGGCCUCAAUAAAGACCAUGCUGCCAGGUGAGCAUCAGCAGGUCUUGAGCAACCUACAGUCCCACUUCGACGAGUUCCUGGAAGACAGCGAGGAGUCUGAGGUGUUCACAGUGGCAGACUGCGCCCAGCUCGAGAGAGACGUCGCCGCCUGCAAGGACUACUACCAGGAACUGCUCAGAUCUGCGGAAAGAGAGGAACACGAGGAGUCUGUGUACAACAAUUACAUCUCAGAAAUACGCAACUUCCGCAUGCAUCUGGAGGCCCACGAAGAACACCUGAUCAGGCAAAUCCGCACGCCGCUCGAGAGGGAUGACCUGGAGCAGAGUCUGCAGCGCAUCACGGAGCACGAGAGGAAAACAGCAGAGCUGAAUAAACUGAAGGAGGAUCUGGAUGUCAUGAAGGAGAAGUGCGAGCUGUUCCUCAGACAGGCUGCAGGUUCCCCGUCUGUGCCGACGCUUUCGUCCGAACUCACCGUCCUCGUUCAGAGCAUGAGCCAAGUGUACUCCAUGUCUUCCAUUUAUAUGGACAAACUGAAAACUGUGAGCUUGGUGGUGAAGCACAGCCAGAGUGCAGAGGCACUAGUUAAAGCCUAUGAAUCCAAACUCUAUGAGGAAGAUGCCAUGAACUCUGAUGUCAAGUCCAUUGAGACUGUCAUUUCAACACUUAAGCAAUGGCGGACAGAGAUUGAUGAGCAGCAGGAGGUGUUCCAUGACAUGGAGGAUGAGCUGCAGAAAGCACGAGUGAUCAGUGACCGCAUGUUUAAGGCCCACAAUGAGCGUGACUUUGACCUCGACUGGCACAAGGAGAAAGCUGAUCAGCUGAGUGAAAGAUGGCAGAACAUUCACUCCCAGAUUGACAGCAGACUUCGGGACCUGGAUGGUAUCAACAAAUCUCUGAAACACUACAGAGACUCUUACAGCAGCCUCGAUGAAUGGGUCACAGAAAUGGAAGAAGCACAGCUAAAGGCUCAAGAAAAUAAACCUGAGGAUAGCAAGGCACUGGCUGAGCUCUUAAACAAACAAAAGGUCCUUGUUGCUGAAAUUGAACAAAAGCAGAGCAGAAUGGAUGAGUGCCAGAAGUACUCAGAGCAGUACUCAUCUGCCAUUAAGGAUUAUGAGCUUCAGCUGAUGACCUUCAGAGCGAUGGUUGACUCCCAACACAAAUCUCCCCUGAAGAAGCGGAGGAUGCAGAGCUCUUCUGAUGCCAUUCAGCAAGAGUUCAUGGAUCUGCGAACCCGCUACACUGCUCUUGUGACUCUCAUGACGCAUUAUGUGAAGUUUGCCAGUGAAACACUGAAGAGAACCGAAGAGGAGGAGAGGUCUGUUGAUGAGGAGAAGAGAGAGCACGGUGAUAAAGUUAGCAAACUAUUGCACUGGAUGUCCAAUGUGAAACAGACCCUGAACAAUGAUGGGAAUGCUCUCAAAGAUAGCAAUGCCAAUAAACCCCAGGUGUCAGUCGAGGAAAUGGUCACUAAGAAGGAACAAAUUGCAGAAGCACUUAGGGCCACACAGAUGAUGCUGAACAAACACAGUGACAAAAUGACAGGAGAGGAGAGAGAGAAGGCCCAGGAGCAGCUGAAGGCACUCAACCAGGCAUACAAUGAACUCUCCCAACAGUGUUCAGAUCAGACAACCUCUGCAGAAGAGAAAGUAAGCGCUAAGUCUUUGUUGGAGAGACACAAGGAGUUUGCGGAAAAAUUGGAGGAAGUGUGUGAUAAUCUCACCUUGACAGAGAACCGCCUGAUUGGUCAUCAGCAACAGGCUGACAACGCUGAGUGUGUCACAGAUCUGCAGCAGUACCAGCAGGAACAUCAGGCUCUGCAGAAAGACGUAUUGACAAAUGCCAGUGCCCUGAAUGAGGUCAUCACCAGUACUAAAAAGUUCCUGGAGGAAAACCGGAACAAGCUGACGCCAGAUCAGAUCGCCACCAUUGAGAGCAAAUUGGAAGAGGCUAAAAGCAAAGCCACGCUCAUCAACCAGAGGGCUGAGGAGUCCAGGAAAGAUUUGGAGAAGGUUGUUACGACAGCCAUAAAACAGGAAAGUGAAAAGGCAGCAGCUGUUGAGCAGCUUGAAGAAAGUAAGAACAAAAUUGAGGGUCUUCUAGAAUGGAUAUCCAACAUAGGGAAUGAGAACGAGGAUCAAACCGACCGUAUAAGUAAAGAGAAUGGGAACCUGCCAGAGGAAACCUCAGCCAAGGGACUGAUAGGAGACAAUGACGAUGCCAAUGGAAACGCUUUACAGACCACUGAAAAUGAUUUUGGCAGAGAGACCAGCGACAAGAACGACGCCUCCCUGGACCUCGAUAAGCAAUACGAAAGGGUCAAGGCUCGUCAUCAGGAGAUUCUGUCCCAGCAGCAGGAUCUGAUCAUGGCCACCCAGUCAGCUCAGGCUCUGCUCGACAAGCAAGCCAACGUGCUGUCCCCGGAGGAGAAGGAGAAGCUGCAGAAGAACAUCCAGGAACUGAAGGGGCGCUACGAGGCCUCUCUGACGCAGGCUGAACAGCAGAUGAAGCAGGUGCAGUGUGUCCAGGAGGAGCUGAAGAAGUUCCAGGAUGACUGCGAGGAGUUUGAGGGCUGGUUAGACCAGGCGGAGGGAGAGAUUGAGGAGCUGGGCGCCCCCACUGGCUCCCUCAACAUCCUCAGUGACAAACUCCAGCGACAGAAGAGCUUCUCGGAAGACGUGAUUUCUCACAAAGGGGACCUUCGCUUCAUCACGAUUUCAGGACAGAAAGUUCUGGAUGUGGCGAAAGCCUGUGGAGUGGGUGACCCCGCGGCUAAGAAUGCUCUGCUGAAUGUGGAUACUUCAGGAACCUGUUCUGCUGUCAAGGAUAAACUGGACUCAGCAGCAAGUCGAUACAAAACCCUACAUUCACAGUGCAAUCAGCUUGGCAACAACCUCAAAGAUGUGGUCGACAAAUACAAGAAAUAUGACGACUCCAGCGCUGGGCUUUUGAAGUGGCUCACCAAUUCAGAGGAGGAGGCGAGAAAGCAGCAAUCAGAGGCCAUAGCAGCUGACCCACAAACACUGCAGAAACAGCUGGAAGAGACCAAGGCCCUGCAAAGUCAGAUGACAGGACAUCAGACUGCUAUUGACACAUUACGCAAAACAGCUGAGUGUUUGAUCACAUCGGAGGGGGACCUCCUGAGCAACCCCGACGAGAUCCAGGAGACAGUAGACGACAUAGUGGAGCGUUACGACAACGUGUCUAAGUCUGUAAGUGAUCGAAAUGAGAAACUGCAGAUCACUCUUACUCGCUCCAUGAGUGUCCAGGAUGGUUUGGAUGAAAUGAUGGGAUGGAUGGAGGGAGUGGAGGCCAGUGUCCAAGAGAAAGGACAAAUUCCCCUGGACUCUGCAUCUAUUGGAGACAUCCUCAGCAAAGAAGCAGCGUUAGAGCAGGACAUAGCAAGUCGCCAGAGCAGCAUCUCAGCCAUGAAAGCCAAGGUGAAGAAGUUUGCGGAGACGGCAGAUCCCUCCGCCGCCGCGCUUCUGCAGUCUACGAUGGACGCUCUCUCUCAGCGCUUCUCUGAUGCUUGUGACAAGCACAAGCAAAAAGUUUCCCAACUGGAGCAGCUGAAAGAAAAGGUGGAAGAGUUUGAGACGGUCGCAGAUAAAGUUCAGCAGUUUGUUGUGAAGCGCACGCAAGAUCUUCAGGAGACGGACGGGCCGGGAAAAACCUUCAAUGAACUCUCUGAGCUGAUGCAGAGUACUAAGGCUGAGAUGGCUGAACAUGCCGGUGAUUUGGAGAAGCUGCACACUCUGUCCAAAGAGCUGUCUGAAAUAAGCCCUGAUGGAAACCAAGCCCAGAUCCAGAGCAAGAUGGACGAUCUCUCCAAUAUCUUCACCACCUUUAAAGACACUGUCAAAGAAAAAGAAGAAGAGGUUUCAUCCUGUCAGGACCAGCUGGGAGAGUUCAGAUCUGCAGCCAGCACGCUCACCAAGUGGCUGGAGGAGACCAAUGACAAAGUACCUGCAGUCCAGCCGAGCAGCAGUGAGAAAAGUCUGGAGACGGACCUGCAGAUAGUCACCGGUUUGUUAGAUGAAUGGAUAUCCAAAGGCCCUGCUGUCCAAGACAUGAACAGCAAAGGAUCCGAGCUGUGCAGCCUCAUUACUUUCCUCACAUCCCCGGCCAAAACAAAGACUCAGAACAAGUCAGGUAAACCUCUUACUAAUGGUGGUGGUCCGGCGAGCCAUUCCUACCUAACUAAUAAAGAGCUGAUGAUAAUUCAGCAGAACAUGUCAUUCGUCAACGAGGGAUACGCGAGCCUGGGGGAAACGCUAAAGAGCCGAGCCGCUGAGCUGAGUACCUCGGUGCAGGAGAUGAAACAGGCCCAAAAAGAGACGGAGGACAUGUUGACGUGGUUGAAGGACAAGAAGGAGACUGCAGCAUCAUGGAACAACGCGGCCACAGAGAAAGAUGCGGUGAAAACGCAGCUUGAACAGCAGAAGGCAUUUGAAGACGACAUGAAGCAAAAGCAGGAGCAGCUCCAGAAGCUCAGAGAGAAGCUCCUCGACUUGAUUAAGACUCAUCCGAACUCCCCCGAGGCGGCAAAAUGGAAGCAGAUGCUGGCAGAAAUAGAUGCGGCUUGGGCGGAUAUCAGCGGCUCUGUGGAGGAGAGGAAGCAACACCUGGAGGAGUCCAACAAGAAUCUGGACAUCUUCCAGACAACUGAGCUGCAGCUUGGUCAGUGGCUUUCAGAGAAGGAGCUGAUGAUGAGUGUCCUUGGGCCCCUUUCGAUUGACCCCAACAUGCUUAAAAUGCAGAAGCAGCAAGUUCAGAUCCUCCAGAAUGAAUUUAAGAGUCGUAAACCUCAAUAUGAGCAACUUGAGGAAGCUGCCUCAGCCAUCCUAAGCUCCUCAGGCAACCAGGACCCCUCAAGUGGGAAGCUGGUGAGGGAGCAGCUCGCUGCCGUCACCCAAAAGUGGCAAGGCCUCACAGGGCAGCUGGACCAGAGAGACGGCCUCAUCGACCAGGCUGCGGUGAAGACAGGGCAGUUUCAGGAGUUACUGAGGAGUCUCAGUCAGACUGCCACUCAGCUGGAGAGUCAGCUCACCAACCAUCAGGGCCACAGCACCCAGCCCGAUGCUGUGAAGAUGCAGCUGGAGGACGUCCAAAACAUCUCAGCUCAGCUGAGAGAGGAGAGGAAGAAGCUGAAGGAGGCUGAGGCCAUCAACGCGGAGCUCACAGCGAUGGUGACGGAGGACUAUCUGAAAGCCGACUUAGCGAGGCAGCUGGAGAGUGUCAGCAAGCCUUUCAAACAGCUGGAAGAGAAAGCAGCAAAAAAGAUUGAGCAGCUGAACUCAACGUUUGCCAGCUCUCAGCAGUUCCAUCAGACCUCCAAAGACUUCCAGUCAUGGCUGGGUGAAAAGCUCCAGGACCAGUCUCAGCCCCAGCCCAUCUCCGCCAAAGUGGACAUCCUGCAGCAAACCAUGGAGGAGCACAGUAAGCUCCAGGAGGCUCUCAGUGAACAUGAAGAAGCUUAUAACACAAUCAUCGGGGAAGGGGAGAUGCUUCUGCAGAAGACUGACGGCGCAGAAAAACUGGCACUACAAGGGCAGCUCACUACCCUCUCCUCCAACUGGGAGGAGGUGAAGAAGGGCUCUGUGGAGCAGGCUGAUAAACUCCAGACUGCUCUGCAGAGAUCUCGGAAGUAUCAGGAGCACGCAGAGAAGCUCAGCUCUUGGAUUCAGGAGUGUGAAGCAGGCGAGGGCCGAGUCAAACUCACCGUUGACCCCGUUGCCGUUGAGAGCUCGAUUUCUCAGGUGAAAGCUCUCCAGAAGGAUGUUGACAAGCACCGAGGGAUGGUGGAGCAGCUCAACGCGGCUGCAGAUAGCCUCCUAGAGGUGGCCAACACUGACACUGAAGCUAUAAAGGAGGAGAAGGCUAGCAUUGGCAAAAGAGUGGAUAAUGUAGUGGAGGGUCUGCAGAGCAAGAGGGAUUCCCUGGAGAAGAUCUCACACGCGGUUAAAGAAUUUAAUGAUGCCUACAAGGAGGCAAAGGGUCAGCUUGAGGGAGCUAAGAAGCAGGUGGAUGCCUAUGAAUCGCAGGGAGUUCAGGGCCACAGCAAUAAGAACCUGACCAACAUGAAAGCCCAACAUAAGAGUUUAGAGGGAAUGCAGAACCAAGUCGAGCACCUGAAGAGCUUGGCCAAGGACCUUGUAGUAGACGUCCCCGAUGCUGAUGGAGUGACAGAUCUCUUACUACAGGCUGACAGCAUAGAAAAAGACUAUGGCUCCCUGACCGAGAAACUAGAGGAGACGUGCCAAGUCUUGGAGGGUAAACUGCAAGGUAUUGGGCAGUUCCAAAACAGCAUCCGUGAUAUGUUUACCCAUUUCACGGACCUGGAUGAUGAACUGGACAGCAUGGCUCCUGUGGAUCUUGAUCUGGCCACUCUUAAAGAACAGCAGGACAGCAUCCAGAGCUUUGUGGCUAAGCUGCAAGAGCUGAUGGCCAACACAGCCAACGCAGGAGACAGCUGUAAGAAGAUGCUGGAGACUGAAACCUCACCUGACCUCUUAGGCCUGAAGAGAGAUCUGGAUGCUCUGAGUAAGCAGUGUGGUAAACUGUUGGACAGAGCUAAAGGCAGAGAGGUGCAGGUGCAGAGCACUCUCACCAAGAUAGAGGAGCUGUACGGUAAACUCCACCAAAUGGAAGAUAAACUUGGCAGAGCCGAGGACAAGGAGGCGUCUCAGGAGGCGGUCGGCAUGGAGACAGACGUCAUCAACCAACAGCUGGAGGCCUUUAAGGCCUUCCAGAAAGACGACAUUGAUCCGUUGCAGACGCAGCUUCAAGACAUCAACUCCCUCGGUCAGGGCCUGAUCCAAAACGCCGCCAAAGGCACCAGCAUCAAGAAGCUUGAGGAUGACCUGGAGGGUGUCAACACAAAGUGGAAUACGCUCAAUAAAAAGAUUGCUGAACGUUCAGCCCAGCUUCACGAAGCCCUGUUGCAUUGUGGGAGGUUCCAGGAUGCUCUGGAGUCCCUGCUCAGCUGGUUGACUGACACAGAGGAGCUCAUGGCCAAUCAAAAGCCUCCCUCUGCAGAGUUCAAAGUGGUCAAGGCACAGAUACAAGAGCAGAAACUUUUACAGAGACUGCUGGAUGACCGAAAGCCGACAGUGGAGCUGAUAAAAAAAGAGGGAGGGAAGGUCGCAGAACUGGCAGAGUCUGUGGAUAAGGAGAAGGUUGCAAAAGAGAUCGAAUGCCUGGGGCAGAGGUGGGACGCUCUGCUCAAGAAGGCUGAAAACAGGCACAAACAACUAGAGAGCAUCUUAGUGGUCACUCAGCAGUUCCAUGAGACUCUGGAGCCCCUGAGCGAAUGGCUCUCCGCCACAGAGAAGCACCUGGCCAACUCAGAGCCAAUCGGCACUGAGACGUCUAAACUGGAAGAUCAGAUCUCCCAGCAUAAGGCCUUAGAGGAGGAGAUUAUGAAUCACAGUAAAGACCUGUUACAUGCCGUCAGUCUGGGUCAGAUGCUCAAAGCCGUGAGCUCAGUGGACGAGAAGGAGUUUGUUCAGUCUAAACUGGACGCCACCCAGGCCAGAUACAUAGAGCUCCAGGAGCGAUGCAGGAGGAAAGCUGAGAUGCUGCAGCAAGCUCUGGCAAACGCCCAGCUGUUUGGAGAGGAUGAAGUGGCUCUGAUGAACUGGCUCAACGAGGUGCACACCAGGCUGGGUGAAGUGUCCGUGGAGGACUACAAAUUAGAUGUUCUUGAAAAGCAGCUGGCAGAUCAACGGGCUCUACAAAGUGAUAUUGAUUUGAGGAAGAAGAAUGUUGACCAAGCCAUCUCUAAUGGGAUGGAGCUACUGAAGCAAACAACAGGUGAUGAGGUGGUUGUUAUCCAAGGCAAACUGGAUGGUAUAAAAGCCAAAUAUGCUGAGAUCAACUCUAUGAGUGACAACGUCUUGAAGACACUGGAGCGUGUUUUGAGUCUCUCUUCUAAGCUACAACAUACUCAUGAGGACCUGAGCUCCUGGCUGGAGAAAGCAGAGGCUGAGAUCAAUGCUUUCGAGGGUCAGGAGCCGGUGGGCGAGCAGCUCAUUCAUGCACAGAGCAGGCAGAAGGCCUUACUGAAGGAGACCAAAGACCAAAAACCUGUGAUGGACAAGAUGAAUGAGUUGAGCGGUUCUCUCCUGGAUCUGAUCCCCUGGCACACUCGUGAGGGUCUGGACAAGCUGGUGACUGAGGACAAUGAGCGGUACAGAGCCGUCUGUGACACCGUCACCCAGCAGGUCGACCAGAUCAACGCCGACAUACUCAAGUCACAGCAGUUCGAACAGGCUGCAGAUAGUGAACUCUCAUGGCUGACUGAAGCUGAGAGGAAGUUACUGUCGAUGGGUGAGAUCAGGCUGGAGCAAGACCAAAACACAGCACAGCUCCAAGCACAGAAGAUUUUCUCCAUGGACAUCAUGAGGCACAAAGAUGCUGUGGAUGAGAUUUUGAAAACAGGAAAGGCCAUCAUGAACAGCAAAAACCCAGAGGAGAAAGAAAUCUUCAAGGCCAAGACCCAGACUCUCUUGGAGAAGUACGGGGUCGUGAGUCAGCUGAACUCGGAGCGCUGUCUGCAGCUUGAGCGAGCCCACUCUCUGGCCAGUCAGUUCUGGGAGACGUACGAGGAGAUGUGGCCGUGGCUUCAGGAAACCAUGAGCACCUUCAGCCAGCUGCCCCCACCCGCCAUCGAGUACGAAACACUCAGGCAGCAGCAAGAGGAACUCAGGCAAAUGAGAGAGCUGAUUGCCGAGCACAAGCCCCACAUCGACAAGAUGAAUAAGACCGGGCCACAGUUACUCGAACUGAGCCCAGUGGAGGGAGUGCCCAUCAGAGAGAAGUACACAACUUCUGACCAACUUUACUCCCAACUGAAAGCUGAUGUCAAACAGAGAGCGGCCACUCUGGACGAGGCCAUCUCCAAAUCCACCCAGUUCCAUGAUAAAAUUGACCCCAUGCUGGAAUCACUGGAACGGAUCGCUGAGCGCCUGCGUCAGCCUCCGUCCAUCUCAGUGGAGGUGGACAAGAUCAGAGAGCAGAUCACUGAAAAUAAGGCCGUCUCUGUUGAUCUGGAGAAACUGCAGCCUUCAUAUGAAACGCUGCGCCAGCGAGGCGAGGAGAUGAUUGCACGGUCUGAGGGGGCAGACAAGGAUAUAUCUGCUAAAGCUGUACAAGACAAACUGGACCAGAUGGUGUUCCUGUGGAAUGACAUCCAGGCCUUGCUGGAGGAGAGGGAGGCGAAGCUGCUGGAUGUGAUGGACCUGGCAGACAAGUUCUGGUGCGACCACUGCGCUCUCAUUGUCACCAUCAAAGACAGCCAGGACCUGCUGAGGGAGCUGGAGGAGCCGGGAGUCGAUCCGUCAGUCGUCAAACAGCAGCAGGAGUUUGUGGAGGGAUUUAAGGAGGAGAUUGACGGGCUGCAGGAGGAGCUAGAUGUGGUUCAAAACCAGGGGGCGGAGCUUAUGACUGCCUGCGGGGAGCCUGAUAAACCUGUGAUAAAGAAGAGUAUCGAUGAGGUGAAUUCAGCGUGGGAGAAUCUCAAUAAGACUUGGAAGGAGAGAGUAGAGAGACUGGAAGAAGCCAUGCAGGCUGCUGUGCAGUUUCAAGACGGCCUGCAGGGAAUGUUUGACUGGGUGGAUAUUCUGGACAGCAAACUGGAUUCAAUGUCACCUGUAGGCACAGACCUGGAAACUGUCAAGCAGCAGAUUGUAGAACUCAAGGAGUUCAAAGGAGAGGCGUACCAGCUGCAGAUCGAGAUGGAGCGCCUGAACCACCAGGCGGGCCUCCUGCUGAAGAAGGUGACGGAAGAGGCCGAUCGCUGCGCAAUUCAGGAGCCAAUGUCUGAGCUCAAGAUGCUCUGGGACAACCUGGAUGAGAAGAUCAUCAGCCGACAGCACAAACUGGAGGGAGGCCUUCUGGCUCUGGGCCAGUUCCAACAUGCACUAGACGAGCUGCUGGCCUGGAUGAGCCACACCGAGGAGCUGCUCAACGAGCAGAGGAAGGCUGGAGGAGACCCGAAAGCCAUCGAGAUAGAGCUCGCCAAGCACCAUGUUCUCAAGAUUGACGUGUUGGCUCAUAAAGCAACAGUUGAGACGGUGAACAAAGCCGGUAAUGAUCUGGUGGAGUCCAGCGCUGGUGAGGAAGCCUCUAGUCUGCAGACCAAACUGGAGAACCUCAACCAGCGGUGGAAAGCUAUCCUGGAGAAGACGGACCAGAGGAAGCAACAACUGGAGAGUGCUCUGGUUCAGGCCCAAGGUUUCCAUGGUGAGAUAGAAGAUAUGCAGCAAUGGCUGAAAGACACAGAACGUCAGCUGUUGGCAUCAAAGGCUGUGGGAGGCUUACCAGACACGGCCCGGGAGCAGCUUAACGCCCAUCUGGAGUUGUGUUCUGCCUUGGAGGCGAAGGAGGAGCUGUAUCGGGAGCUGUUGAACAAGGGUCAGCAGCUGCUCAUGAUGGCGCCCGAGGGUCCCGACAGCAACACGGAGCAGGACCUCGCCAACCUGAAGGAGAAAUGGGAAGCCGUGCAGGGGAAGGUCGCUGAAAGGAAGGUGAAACUAGAAGAGGCCUUGACACUGGCCACGGAUUUCCACAACUCUCUGCAGGACUUCAUCAACUGGCUGACCCAAGCAGAGCAGACGCUCAACAUGGUUUCCCCCGCUUCCCUCAUUCUGGAGACCAUCAUGUUUCAGAUUGAUGAGCAUAAGAUGUUCGUGACAGAGGUGAACUCCCACAGAGAGCACAUCAUCGAACUGGACAAGACAGGAACGCACUUGAAGUACUUCAGCCAGAAACAGGAUGUGGUCCUGAUCAAGAACCUGCUGCUCAGCGUGCAAGGCCGCUGGGAGAAGCUGGUGCAGAGAUCUGUCGAGCGCGGCCGGCUGCUGGAUGACACCAGGAAGAGGGCCAAACAGUUCCAUGAAACUUGGAAUAAACUGAUGGAGUGGUUGGACGAAUCUGAGAAGGCUCUGGACUCGGAGGUGGAAAUUGCCAACGAUCCGGACAAAAUCAAGACGCAGCUGGCGCAGCACAAGGAGUUCCAGAAAGCUCUGGGCAGCAAACACUCAGUGUACGACACCACCGCCCGGACAGGACGGUCCCUGAAAGACAAGACCUCCCUUCAGGACGAUAAUCAGAAGCUGGACGACAUGCUGAGUGAACUGAGGGACAAGUGGGACACUGUCUGUGGCAAGUCGAUAGAAAGACAAAACAAGCUGGAGGAGGCCCUGCUGUUCUCCGGCCAAUUUACAGAUGCUCUCCAGGCUCUUAUUGACUGGCUGUACAGAGUGGAACCUCAGAUGGCUGAGGACCAGCCCGUACAUGGAGACAUAGACCUGGUUCUCAACCUGAUAGACAACCACAAGGUUUUCCAGAAGGAGUUGGGAAAGAGGACAGUAAGCGUUCAGGCCCUCAAACGUUCAGCCAGGGAGCUGAUCGACAGCAGUCACGAUGACUCGUCCUGGGUCAAAGUCCAGAUGCAGGAGCUGAGCACUCGCUGGGAGACGGUGUGCAACCUGUCGGUGUCCAAACAGGCCCGGCUGGAGCAGGCCCUGUGUCAGGCUGAGGAGUUUCACUCUACUGUUCAUAUCCUGCUGGAGUGGCUGGCUGAGGCAGAGCAGAGUUUGCGUUUCCAUGGCAGCCUGCCUGAUGAUGAGGAGGCUCUGCGGGCGCUUAUCGAACAGCACAAGGAGUUCAUGAAGAAACUGGAGGAAAAGCGAGUGGCUCUAAAUAAGGCAACCAGUAUGGGGGAGGCCAUUCUGAGCAUCUGCCAUCCAGACUCCAUCACAACCAUCAAACACUGGAACACCAUCAUUAAAGCCCGGUUCGAAGAGGUGCAGGCUUGGGCCCGGCAGCACCAGCAGCGACUGGCCACGGCCCUCACUGAGCUGUUGGCCACUCAGGAGCUGCUGGAGAAUCUGCUGACCUGGCUGCAGUGGGCUGAGACCAACCUCAACGAUAAGGACAAGGAGGCGCUGCCGCAGGAGAUCAAAGAGGUCAAAGGCCUCAUAGCAGAACAUCAGGCAUUCAUGGAGGAAAUGACCAGGAAGCAACCAGAUGUUGACAAAAUCACCAAGACACACAAAAGGAAGGCUGCUGUGGAGCCCCAAAUCCAGUCUCAGAUCCCUGUGCUCGACAAAGGAAGAGCAGGAAGAAAACGUUCUCCCACACAAACGAUGUAUGCGUCAGCAACACAACCUCCCAUUGAAACCAAGAACCCCCGGGUCAACCUGCUGGUCACUAAGUGGCAGCACGUGUGGCUGCUGGCCUUGGACAGAAGGAGGAAACUCAAUGAUGCCCUGGACAGGCUGGAGGAGUUGAAGGAAUUUGCCAACUUUGACUUUGAUGUGUGGCGGAAGCGCUACAUGCGCUGGAUGAACCAUAAGAAGUCUCGUGUCAUGGACUUCUUCCGCCGCAUCGACAAAGAUCAAGACGGCAAGGUGACCCGACAGGAGUUCAUAGAGGGCAUUCUCUCCUCCAAAUUCCCCACCAGUCGUCUGGAGAUGAGCGCCGUGGCAGACAUCUUUGACAGAGACGGGGACGGCUACAUUGACUACUAUGAGUUUGUGGCAGCUCUUCAUCCCAACAAAGACGCUUACAAACCACUAACAGACGCAGACAAAAUUGAAGAUGAGGUCACACGUCAAGUGGCAAAAUGCAAAUGUCCAAAACGAUUCCAAGUGGAGCAAAUUGGUGCCAACAAAUACCGGUUCUACCUUGGAAACCAGUUCGGAGACUCUCAGCAGCUUCGUCUGGUGCGCAUUUUACGUAGCACUGUGAUGGUGCGGGUGGGCGGAGGCUGGAUGGCUCUGGAUGAGUUCCUGGUGAAGAAUGACCCCUGUCGAGCUAAAGGCAGGACCAACAUGGAGCUGCGGGAGAAGUUCAUCCUCCCAGAAGGCACCACCCAGGUGAUGGCGAGCUUCCGCUACCGAGGCCGGAGAUCUCGGCCGUCGUCCAGAGGAGCUUCUCCCAACAGAUCCACCUCCAGUCAGAGCUGUCCGGUCCCAGCACACCACGCACUGACUAGUACACCCAAGACUCCCCAACACAUAACCCGCAAUUAUGAUAAGCCCUGGCUUACAAACAGCAAACCCUCCACUCCUCUUAAAUCAUCAGACUCCUUUGGGAGCCAAGGUUCAUCCUCAGAGAGUACACCAGUCCAAGGCAGCAAAUUGCGUCUUCCUGGGUACUUGUCAGGCAAAGGAUUUCAGUCCGGCGAGGAGGGAAGCUUGAUCAGCGCUGCUGUACUGAAAGCUCGAGCACAGACAAUAGAUUCAAGAAGAACUUCCAGCCGACCUGGAAGCAAAGCCGGAAGCAGAGGGAGCAGUCGCAGAGGUAGUGACGCCUCUGACUUCGACAUCUCAGACAUCCAGUCUGUGUGCUCGGAUAUGUCUGAGACAGUUGGAGAGUCUAGCAGAGCGACGCCGCGCUCUGCUUCCCGCCAACGUGGAGGAAAACCCUCCAAGAUCCCCACCCCUCAAAGAAGAACCACUCCCACAAGCAAACUGGCUAAGGGAUCCAAGCGAUAGUCAGUGGCCUUGAAAACAAACAACCCAGGAGCUAGUUGCACCCGAAACACAUAACGGACACUGGAGAUAUCUAAUUUAAAAGACUGCAAAUGUGUUGAGUGUUAUUUAAAUUGUUGCAAAGAUGUAAAAUAUUCUGUUGAGAGGCAAUAUGAUUUAAUUUUAUGUGAGAAUGGAAUGUUAAUGGCCUUGUGUAUUUGUUUUUAAUGUAUUUUAUUUUUUGUGAAAAAUGUCAAAUUGUUUUUAUUGUAUUUUAUUUUAUUGAUGCAAAACCUGUAGAGGUUCGAUGAACACUAGGAAACCUGGGAAUGACUACGUUGUACGGUUAACUAACAUUUCUACACACUAAUGAAGGGCAACACGCAGGAUAGCGCUGAGAGUUACUGAAUGUACUGUAAUUUAAUGUAUGCUGAUGUUUGGAGUAGAUGGUGCAUUAUGGUACCAUGUGAGGCAUUGCAAUUAUCUAUUUAAGUGCUAUGAUAUACUGCCAACAUGCAUUUAAAGGGCAAUGCAAUAUACUACAAUAAACCCCUGUAAGCACUGCAGAAACCUUUGAAAAACACUAUUUAAGACAAGUAGCAGAAACCUCGUAAUCAUGAAGCUUUCAAGUCCUGUUUGUUUGUCAGCAGCUGCAGUCCCUGUUUUGUUUGACCACUUCACAGCAGCGUGUGCAUUGACCUUGACGAGGUGCCACUCCAUGUAGACAUUCUCGUGUGCAUCCAUGUCAGUGUAUGGUUAAUUUCGGUAGAGCUGAAAUUGUUACUGUAACAUUACUUUGUAAUAAACCUGCUUGCAGAAAGCCA